UUACAAAAAUCCUUAUUUUAUUUGAUCAAAUAUCAAAUUGCACAAAUUAAAAAGAAAAAAAACGUGUAUUUUUACUGCAUUCAGGCCCCAUUUAUAAGAAACCGAGGAGGACCACAACAUAACGUGUGCCUUUCAAAAUAAAAGACACGUCAAACAUCAGUAUAUUAUCAAUAUUUACUUUUUUGACCAGCUUUUACCGACCCAUCCAGAACGUGUCCGCGACCCACUUUUGGGUCGGGACCCAACGGUUGAGAACCACUGCUUUAGAUUGAUGAUCUCUCUUCAGUGCGUGCAGUGUUUGCACAUAUACUCCGCCCUUCAGCCUGCAUGCCCCGCCUCUUCCACGUUUUUCCACGUUUUUACGUGAAAGGGGCGUACAGGGACAGUACGCAGGAUGAAGGGACCCGGAUAGCCGUGGACUCCAGUCUCGUCCCGGGUGGAGGUUGGCACACGAUGAGCGAGUAUCCCGACUCAGAGUGCCGUUUUUCGGGGACCUAUGUGGUAAUGUUAUAUGCAGAGUUCUGUCAAAAAGGUUAAAACGCCGUUUUUCAUUGAAACUGAAAAUGUAAAGUAUGAGUGAUGGCACGAAGACCUGCGGACGGAGACGACGCCUGUGGACUGAAUUAACUCAAAAUGAAGCAACAUUGAGAUAAAAAUCACAGAGAAUUUUUAUCUUGUGGCAGGAAUAGUAGAAACAAAAAUGCGAGAGGCGUUUUUGAGACACGUCCGCCGUUUCCCGUGGGUCACCAACGUUACACUGUACGGCUGCCUGUUCGCCGGAGGAGACUUCGUCCACCAAUGGUUCUCUCACAGAGAGAAAAUGGACUGGACGCACACACGAAACGUCGCCAUCGUGGCGUUCAGUUUCCAUGGUAACUUCAAUUUCUUCUGGAUGCGGUUCCUGGAAAGGAGGUUUCCUGGGAAUUCUGCCAAGAUGGUGAUGAGGAAGCUGCUGUUGGACCAGACGACAGCGGCUCCCCUGGCCACCAGCGUCUUCUACACAGGUCGGUGGGUUGUUUGACUCCACGGCUGCCCCGGUCACAGUGGGAGCCUGUCGGGGAGUUAAUGGUUAACUUCCCCACAGAUCAUAUAUCCGUCAAUUUGUAACCGAUCCGGGACUUUACGGUGGUCUGAUCCUGCAGAGACACAAUCAGGAGUGGUUUUGUGUUUUAGUAAAGGUCAUUUGAAAGACAACACAGAGCAGAGUGACGCUGUUUGCUGAUAAGGUUUGAUUUGACGGCCCUGCGCUCGCUCACGAGUGCGCGAGAGUGAAGAUAGUGAAACAAACAUCACGAUUUAGUCCUCAGCUUAAAGGGAUAUUCCGGCGUAAAAUUAAUUCAGGGUCAAACACACCAUAACACCAAGUUAGACACCCCUCGAGAGAUGAUUGUUGCUGACUGCUUGUUUCUCUAGUUAGACCAACUUUAGUAAUGACCACACGAUAGCAAUACACAGUGGUCCGAGGAGCCAUAAACAAACCUCAACCAAAACGCCACUCUGUAGCCACAAAUAAUGCUCAGAACAGCACCUAACUUCAUCAACAGUAUAUAUAGGGUCCCAGCCACAGCACUAGCCACCAAACACCUUAGGCCAAUCCAUUGCAGCGGAGUUUCGCAGCUCAAGGAAGAACAUUUAUGAUCAUUACCUUAUGGAAAUGCAAUUGGACCGAGACCCUAAGGCAGAAGAACUAAGGUUUGAUUUGCCGAUUGAAGGUUUGAUAGAGUGAUGUUUUGGUUGAGGUUUAUGUGUGGCUCGUCAGACCGCUGUGUAUUGCUUUCGCGUGGUCGUUACAAAAGUUGGUAUAACUAGAGAAGCAAGCGGCCGGCAACAUUCAUCUCUCGACGGGAUGUCUAACUCGGUGUUACAGUGUGUCUGACCCUAAAUUAAUUUUACGUCAGAAUAUCCCUUUAAAUGCUUUUAAUGAAAAAGAGUAGCAGCCUAGGUUUGUGGUAAAGUGAAGUGUUCAUAUUCAUUUUAUUCUCUAGCUUGCGGAUAAAUGAGCAAAAACGGGUCAGCCUGCAACCCUAAUCCAUAAUCAAAACAAUGAGCAUUGUGUUUUUGUAAUUUAAGAUUGGGAGCUGCAGAUUUUGUUUCUGGUAACAGUUUUGGAAACCAUGGAAUGAAACAGCAUCAUAGUGAUUACUUUAUAUCUUACUUAACACAUACUCAGUGUUCAUAGUGUGUGAAAAGUCCUCUAACGUUGUCUAUGAACUGUCUAUCAGUUAAACCCUUUCCCAGCAGUCACCUGUUCUAUUUGUCACCCAGGUGUCAGCUUCUUGGAGGGCAAGGAGGACAUAACAGAAGACUGGAGAGAGAAGUUCCUGAACACAUACAGGGUGAGUAGUUCCUGCAAAGACAGACUGUCAUUGUACGUCUAACAUUGACUCGCUUCCGUCUUCUUGGUGGUGUCAAUCAUUACAUGAGCAGAGCUCUAGUGUCGGCUCUCUUAGUCUCUGUUGUGACACAUCCACAAAUAUACAAAGAGAGGGAUUAAGUUUCUGAAUUUUUGAGUCAUCUGCAUAUAAUUUGUGUGUUUUCUCUUUGUCACUUUUCAGACGGGGCUAAUGUUUUGGCCAUUUAUGCAGGUAAAUAUGACUUUUCUCUCAAAUUUACAUGUUAACCUUUGGACCAAUACAUGUCCUGUUACUGAUGAAUCUCACAGGCAACUAAGAGUCAUAAAGCUCCUGUUUUUCAUCGGUUUUAUGAUUUGUUAAAACACAAAACAUACCAAAUCUAAAGCUGCUGCUCUGUAGACAGAAAUAUGUACCAUGAGUUUCAAUGUUCAUGUGGUUUUGGCGAUAAUUGAGGAAGGCUGCUUUAAAGUUAAUGAGUCGGCUGUGUUAGGAGAUCAAAAUAAAUGUAAACAUGAGUAAAAACAGAGCAGCUGUUCGCAUAUUUAUGAGCUAUCUUAAACAGGACAUUAUGAUUUUGUGUUUGAUAAUAUCUCAGCAUGGCUGUGAUCAUAUUUGGCAGUCAUUCUUUCGCCUUGUGCCUGUGACCAAAUCACAGCCAUGCUAACAUUCAACACUCCAGCACUCCCUCUUGUGUGAAAUUGUUGAAAUGACGCACAACUGUCCACACUGAGGACGGAAUGAGUAAGUUAUUAUUUGUCAUAACAGUGCUGACCUAACUGUGAUAUUUUGUCUUUAAGUUGAUAUGGAUUCAUUUUUCUGUCUCUUUUAGUUUCUGAACUUUACCUUCAUGCCUCUGUAUGUGAGGACCACCUUCACCGGCUGCUGUGCGUUCGUCUGGGCCACCUUUCUUUGCUUCUCUCGUCAGAGUGGCGACGGCACAGCUGGUGCUGCUUUGGCAUGGAUGUUCCCUCCCAAAGAGGGUGAAACAGAGUCAGUAAAGGAGAUCUCAGAAUUCAAAGGGAACACAGAUGCUCCAAAAGAGGCGACAGCAGCAUCUGAACCUACUCAGAAGUGAAGUAAGUGUUUCUCAUAGAAGAGGACGAAAUGUGAACGGAAAUCAAGGCCUGAACAGCGGGCAGCUGGCCCGGUGGUCGUCAGUCGUGCCAGUGGCUGUUGCACUAUCACUGCCAGGGUUUAGUUAUCUUCUACUGGGCUUAAUCUGAGAAUGUGCUUCCUAAUAACUGACACUGUAAGAUAGUGUAGGGAAUAAAACAGUGUCUGUAGCAACUGGAAUGUAAUGUACAGUACGUUUUAAAUUAUAAUUAUAUGAAUAUUUAUGCAGCAUAUCAACUUUUAACAGUCCACGUAAUCAACCUCACUGCAAGCCAUCGUCAUGUGUCCUUUCUUGUUUUUUGCGUCGUAAAUGCAGUCUUGUGUUCCCACAGUUUUGAGAAACAGAGUUCCCUUAUUUAACUGGACCAUGCUUAAUAGUGCUGAAUUGAUUUGUGAGGACUAUUCGCCUGGUACAGUAGCUGCGUUGUUGAGCGAAUGCUCUACAUUCCUCUGCUGGGCAUUAAAAUGCGAAACUAAAAGGAUGUCGGGAAAUAGUUAUUUUAACGAUAUGGACUGGCAGCUACAUCAUUCGCUGAGCUUUUAAACCUCACAAAACUGGUUUGUUUUAAAAACACUAACUAUAUCACUCACUUUUUAACAGAAAAAAAGACAAGGCUGUUGUAUGUGACUACAUCAGAGUGCCUGAUCUGCUUUACUUGGUCAUAACGCACAUAAGUACUAAUAUUCUGUCAUGUUAGAAUAAGUCUGUUUACAGUUUAGAGUUUGUUUCUUCAUAUAUCAAUAUUUACGAUGAGAGGAGCAGACAGAAGAGACACUAGAGCACAACUGGUAAAACACAUUUGACCCAUACAUCAUCUAAAUGUUGCUGUAGUGGGAUACUACUGAAGGUGACUGAGUUUUUUACAUAAACAAAGGCUGUCUCAAACAUCCAUUUACUUGAAUCGUACAUGCUGCCUGCCUGUUUUCAAGCUUUAUGUCAACAUGAUAGUGUGAGGUGUUUUCUCUUUGUACUAAUUUUUCAACGGUGUGCAAUCUUUAACAUUUUGUAUAUUUGACCUCUGUGGAAAUUAUUGUUAUAAAUACUGAUUGUUGAGAUGUAAAUAUCAGAUACCUCAUCCAUUUUCCUAAGAGGUCGUUUUAUCAAUAAAUGUCAGAUCGGUACAAGCCGGCAGUUAUUCCUGUAUUUUAUUCUGUGUCCUGUAAGGAACUGAACAGGUUCGGGGCAAAUAACUUCUCAGGGUAACAACAACAACAAAAAUCCUUUUAAUUCACUUUUAUGUUUGUCUCUGGUGUCACAGAGAAGUGUACAUUUUCGUCAUUGGGUCUAAAAGCAUAUACAAAAAUGUUAUGUGAUUUGACUUGUCUCAGAGAUUUUAAUGCCAUAAAUAACAGAUUAAUAUAAAAUAAAUAUUUGCUUUGUGAAACAGUGAAAUAAGGUAAUAUUUAAACCCCUUUCUUUCUGUCACUUUGCAUCCCUGAGAGUAAUGCAGUAUAGUUAUUAUAGAGGGCAGAGUGUGCAAUACUAAUUUAUGUGCAGAUACACUACGCUUGAAAUGGGAUCUAUAAUGAGUGAACUAAUUAGCAAGUGAACUGGAAAUAUUUGAACACUUGAUGUAAAAUUGGUAUUUUUAUUAACACCACAAUGAAGUUUGUGUUGCAACCUGUUUGAAAACACUAAUGUCUGUAUAAAUGUGAUCACGUCUAAUAAAUCUGAUAUGUUGUCAAAGUAAUUUAAUCAUGUUUGGCACAUUAGUUACUCUGACUGAUGGAGAG